GCGCUACUACCAUUAUUCCAGGUCGACAGGUGGCGCUAGAGUGUGACGGCACUCUUAACUAUCCAUGAAGAGAAGAAAACACAUACCCUAGUUACACACGUGUAAAACAGAAACAUGGGCAAAAGAAGGCGAGGAAAUCAAGAGAUUACCAAUUUAACUAAGAAACAGAAGAAACAUCUAAAAGAAUUUGGAGAACAGCACCCUUUUCACGAUAAUGUUGUUGAUAGACCGGAGAAGACUCAGAUUUUGCGCUUGCCUGACAGUCCACAGCACCCUGAACAUGACAGUAAGGAAGACAGUGAUGAAGAGCAGCUGUCUGCUUAUCAGAAACUGCUGACCACCAUGAUCCAAGGUGCUGAUGACAACAGUGAAGAUGAAGAAAGUGACGGUGAGGAUGACGGAGAGGAAGUUGAAGGAGAAAGUGAAGAAGAGGAGGAGGAGGAGGAGGAAGGUAAUGAUGCUGAGGAGGAUUUAGAAGAAGGGGAGGGUGAAACACCUGAUAAUUCACAAAAUAAAGAACACCCUGAAAAGACAAAUGGAGAUAUAGAAGAGAAUGAAAAGGUUGAGACGGAGAGAGAAUUUACAGAUAAGAAGAAUGAAGCUGCAUUCUGUCUGGAGACCAACCUGCCUGCGGAAGGAGAGGAAAACAUGGGAGAGCAGGAGGAGGAAGACAUAUUUGCGAAGCACCAGGAGACUGAACUGAGUGAAGAGGAAGUGGGACAAAUCUUGCAAGGAUCAAAGAUCAAGUCUCAGGUUAAGUGGCCAAAGCUGGGCACUCUGCAGUGUAUGUGUCCAUCGGAACAUUUCCCAGCCGUGGGGCAGCCCUCUUCUGCCCCUCUUCCAACCAUCCACAAAACCCUGGAGGCAAAUUGGUGCUUGUUAAACCAGUUCUUUGCACCUGAAGGAGGCGCUGUGACAGAUGUUACAGAGCUGCAGAAGGAAUUGCUUGGGCUCAUGGGUACUUACAGGGAUGUACAUUUUACAAACAGCUCCCCCUUGAGAGAGGCCAAGGAAGUGCGGAGUGCGUACUGUCUUCAUGUGCUAAACCAUGUGUUAAAGGCAAACACUCGUGUGCUUAGAAAUAAUGCCAAGUUGAAGGAAACUAAAGAUGUGAAUGAGGAGUUUCGGGACCAGGGCAUUACUAGACCAAAGGUUUUGAUUCUGGUGCCGUUCAGAGAUGGAGUGCUGCGAGUGGUCCAGACAUUCAUAACACUUUUAGAGCCUAAAGGCAAGAAGAUGGAUGUCAGUAACAAGAAGAGGUUUAAGGAAGAGUAUGGAGAGGAGCCAGGUGAAAGUCCGCCCAAACUGCACAGACCUGAUGACUACCACGCUGUCUUUUCUGGAAAUACAGAUGACCAUUUCAGGAUAGGUGUGUCUAUCAUGAAACGAAGUAUGCGACUCUAUUCUCCCUUCUACUCUUCUGACAUCAUCAUUGCAUCUCCACUGGGUCUGCGCACAGUUCUGGGUGCAGACAGUGAGAAAAAGAGAGACUUUGACUUCCUGUCCUCCAUUGAACUUCUGAUUGUGGACCAGGCAGAUGUGUUCCUCAUGCAGAACUGGGAACACUUGCUGCAUGUGUUGAAGUAUUUGAAUCUGCAGCCGCUGGACUCACACGGUGUUGAUUUCUCUCGUGUACGCAUGUGGAACCUGAACAACUGGGCAGCGCAUUAUAGACAGACGCUGGUGUUCAGUGCCAUACAAGAGCCUCAGAUCACCAACAUCCUUACCAAACACUGCCACAACUACAGGGGUCAGGUGUGCAGUAAAACUAUUCCAAAGGUGGGCUCAAUCUGUCAGGUACUGGUGCAGUUGCCACAUGUAUUCCAGAUGUUUCACUCUGACAGCUUCAUGGACCAGGAUGCCAGGUUCCAGUUCUUUGUGGAUAAGAUCCUGCCCCAGUACAGAGACUCUGUCAUGUCCCACACUUUCAUCUAUGUGCCAUCGUAUUUUGAUUUUGUUCGUCUGCGGAACUACCUGAAGAAGGAAGACGUCAGUUUCGCUAGUGUCAGCGAGUACUCGCAGAGAUCAGAGGUGUCUCGAGCACGACAUUACUUCCAGAAAGGAGAAAAACAGUUUAUGCUCUUCUCUGAGAGAUUCCACUUCUACAAGAGAUACACUAUCAAGGGCAUCCAUAACCUGAUCUUCUACGGGUUGCCUACAUACGCUCACUUCUACAGUGAAGUGUGUAAUAUGCUUCAGGCUGGUGUCAGAGAGGGUGGUGCUUCUGUCAGCUUCACCUGCACAGCCCUGUACUCCCGAUAUGACAUGCAUCGUCUGACUGCUAUCACUGGGGUCGACCGCGCCGCUCAGAUGCUCCAGUCCAAAAAAACAGUGCACCUUUUCAUCACAGGGGAGGAGAAAAACACAUGAACGGGUACUGUGAAAAGCACAUGUGACAUUUUCAACCUCUCAGACAAAGAAAGUAAUCCGUGUUUGUGAUAAUGGCCACUUCUUCAGAUAUACAACUCGCACACUCGCGUCGUCUUCAGAUAAAAUUCUGUCAUUUGACAAUGUAAUGUUCUUGUUCGCAUGUCUUUUUGUGUUCUUUUUUUAGUAUAAAAAAGUCUUCUUUCACUGAAGUCACAGCCCAUAUCUUUGGCUCCAGUGUGUU